AUGUCAACACCAGCUAGAAGGAGGUUGAUGAGAGAUUUCAAGCGUAUGAAGGAAGAUGCUCCUCCUGGUGUGUCUGCAUCUCCUUUACCGGACAAUGUGAUGGUAUGGAAUGCCAUGAUUAUUGGCCCCGCUGACACACCUUAUGAAGAUGGUACUUUUAGAUUACUAUUGGAGUUCGACGAAGAGUAUCCUAAUAAACCACCCCAUGUCAAGUUUGUAAGUGAGAUGUUCCAUCCUAAUGUGUAUGCCAACGGUGAGAUUUGUCUGGACAUUUUGCAGAACAGAUGGACUCCCACAUACGAUGUGGCAUCGAUAUUGACAUCCAUUCAGAGUUUGUUUAACGAUCCUAACCCUGCGUCUCCAGCCAAUGUCGAGGCAGCUACUUUAUUUAAGGACCACAAGUCUCAGUACAUCAAGAGGGUACAAGAGACCGUUGAGAAGUCCUGGGAAGAUGAUAUGGAGGACAUGGAAGAAGAAGAAGAUGAUGAUGACGACGACGAGUGA